AUGAACCGUCCCAUCCAGGUGAAACCGGCCGACAGCGAGGGCCGAGGAGAAGACAGGAAGCUCUUUGUGGGCAUGCUGGGGAAGCAGCAGAGCGAGGACGACGUCCGGCGCCUCUUUGAACCCUUCGGCCAGAUCGAGGAGUGCACCAUCCUCCGAGGGCCCGAUGGAGCCAGCAAAGGUUGUGCCUUUGUGAAAUACGGCAGCCACGCCGAGGCGCAGGCUGCCAUCAACAGCCUGCACGGCAGCCAAACCAUGCCGGGUGCCUCCUCCAGCCUGGUGGUGAAGUUUGCGGACACGGAUAAGGAGAGGACCCUGCGACGGAUGCAUCAGAUGGCGGGGCAGCUGGGCAUCUUCAACCCCAUGACCAUCCAGUUUGGCGCCUACGGGGCCUAUACGCAAGCGAUCAUGCAGCAGCAGGCAGCCCUGAUGGCAGCGGCGCAGGGGGCGGUCUCCCGCCGCCCGCCGCCGCAGCCCACCGGGCAGCCCGCCUCCGAGACCAUCUACACCAACGGCAUCCACCCCUACCCAGCUCAAAGCCCUACGGUGGCAGAUCCCCUCCAGCAAGCCUACGCAGGCAUGCAGCACUAUGCAGCAGCGUAUCCCACCGCCUACGCACCCAUCAGCCAAGCCUUUCCCCAGCAAGCGCCCAUCAUCCCGCAGCAGCAGCGAGAAGGUCCCGAAGGCUGUAACCUGUUUAUUUAUCACCUGCCCCAGGAGUUCGGGGAUGCGGAGCUCACGCAGAUGUUCUUGCCUUUCGGCAAUGUCAUCUCUGCCAAAGUCUUUGUGGACCGUGCCACCAACCAGAGUAAAUGCUUUGGUUUCGUCAGUUUUGACAAUCCGACGAGCGCUCAGGCAGCCAUUCAGGCCAUGAACGGCUUCCAGAUCGGCAUGAAGAGGCUAAAAGUCCAGCUAAAGCGGCCGAAAGAUGCCAACAGACCCUACUGACCCCUGUUCACCCUGGCCCUGCGGAGAGGUCGGGCGUCCCGCGGUGUCUGACGACUUUCCCCUUCCCCAAGUGCAGUAUCCAAACCCGUAACUCUCUUUCUUUGCACCACAUCCCGGAGGAGGAGGAAGAGGAGGAGGAGGUGAUGGAGA